UCGAGUCGGUGGAGUUAAGAUGGCGGUGCGGGGAUUGUUGUAGGAGCUUGUUGGAUGUUUCGGCUCACGUUUGAAGAGAAUUUGGAAUGAAAUAACACAACCAGACUUGAGAAAGUGCUAAAAGACUCAAUCAAAGAGAUACCUUUCCCCGUUUUUGUGCUUUAUUCCGGAUUUAAAUCAUGACCUCUAUUCACUUCGUUGUGCACCCGUUGCCAGGGACUGAGGACCAGCUCAAUGACAGGCUUCGCGAAGUGUCCGAAAAACUUAACAAAUACAACUGUAACAGUCACCCACAGCUUAACUUGCUGGAGCAGGCCACGCUUAAGCAGUGCGUAGUCGGACCAAACCACGCUGGCUUCCUGCUUGAGGACGGACGGAUCUGCAGGAUAAGCUUCGCCGUGCAGCCAGAUCGCCUGGAACUGGGCAAGCCGGACGGAAACGAUGGUUCAAAGUUGAGCAGUGGCUCAGGGACAGGAAGGACCUCCAGGCCAGGUAGGACUAGUGAUCCGCCCUGGUUCCUGUCUGGUUCUGACACUUUGGGCCGACUGGCAGGCAACACCCUUGGGAGCCGCUGGAGUUCAGGAGUAGGUGGAGGAGGUGGAGCCAGCGGGGGCAGUGGGGGUGGAGGGACCGGAGGAGGCGGGAGUAACAGUGGAGGAGGCGGAGGGGCUAGCGGAGGCGGAGGAGCGUCUUCUGGUAGAUCAAGUGCCGCAGCCCGCGAUUCGCGGAGACAGACACGCGUGAUCCGCACGGGCCGGGACCGAGGGUCAGGACUGCUGGGGAGCCAGCCGCAACCCGUCAUACCGGCAUCCGUCAUUCCUGAGGAGCUCAUCUCUCAGGCCCAAGUGGUCCUGCAAGGGAAAUCGAGGAGCGUCAUCAUCCGCGAGCUGCAGCGCACCAACCUAGACGUCAACCUGGCCGUGAACAACCUGCUGAGCCGAGACGACGAAGAUGGGGACGACGGCGAUGACACGGCCAGCGAAUCCUACCUACCUGGAGUGCGCUCUCUUACAGAAGACCUGAUGUCGCUGCUGGAUGCCGACAUUCACUCAGCACACCCCAGCGUCAUCAUCGACGCAGACGCCAUGUUCUCAGAGGACAUCAGCUACUUCGGCUACCCGUCCUUCCGGCGCUCGUCGCUGUCACGCCUUGGCUCUUCACGAGUUCUCCUUCUUCCCCUAGAGCGCGAAAACGAACUGAUGCGCGAGCGUGAGUCUGUGCUAAGGCUCCGCGAGAGGCGUUGGCUGGACGGUGCGUCCUUCGAUGCAGAACGCGGCUCGACCAGCCGGGACGGAGAACCCAGCCUGGACAAGAAGAGCGUCCCCUUGCAGAGCCCCGUGUCUUUGGGAGAGGAGCUGCAGUGGUGGCCUGAUAAGGACGGCGUGAGGUUUGUAAGCAUCGGGGCAAUGUUCUCCGAGCUCGUGGCCAUCAGCUCCAAGGGUGAACUCUACCAGUGGAAGUGGAACGAACCAGAACCAUACAGAAACUCACAAAAUCCUUCAGUCCAUCACCCUCGCGUGUCCUUUCUCGGCCUGAGCAAUGAGAAGAUCACGCUCUUGUCUGCUAACAGUAUUCGGGCCACGGUGGCUACCGAGUCCAACAAGGUGGCGACGUGGGUGGAUGACACGCUGAGUUCAGUAGCGUGUAAGCUGGAACACGGGGCUCAGACCUUCCCGGAGCUGCAGGGUGAACGCAUCGUGUCUCUGCACUGCUGCUCUCUGUACACCUGCGCCCAGCUCGAGACCAGCCUCUACUGGUGGGGUGUCGUGCCUUUCAGUCAACGCAAAAAGAUGCUUGAGAAGGCCAGGGCUAAGAACAAGAAGCCCAAAUCCAGCGCUGGAAUCGCCUCCAUUCCCAACAUUACAGUGGGCACUCAGGUGUGUUUGAGGAACAAUCCCCUGUAUCACGCAGGUGCCGUGGCCUUCUCUGUGAACGCCGGCGUCCCCAAGGUCGGUGUAUUGCUCGAGUCCGUGUGGAAUAUGAACGACAGCUGUCGCUUUCAGUUACGAUCUCCUGAAAGCCUGAAGAACAUGGAGAAGAGCUCCAAGGCCCAAGAGACCAAGGCGGAAAUCAAACCUGAAAUGGUCAAAACCGAGAUGGGUCCACCCCCGUCUCCGGCGUCCACGUGCAGCGAUACGUCCUCCAUCGCCAGCAGUGCCUCUCUGCCUUACAAACGGAGGCGCUCCACACCGGCGCCCAAAGAGGAGGAGAAGGUCAACGAAGAGCAGUGGCCUCUGCGCGAGGUCGUAUUUGUGGAGGAUGUUAAAAAUGUCCCAGUAGGGAAGGUGCUAAAAGUCGAUGGUGCAUAUGUUGCUGUGAAAUUUCCAGGGACGUCGAGCAGCGUGAGCAGCCAGAGUGCAGCUCCCACUGACUCUGACCCGUCCUCACUCCUGCAGGACUGCAGGCUGCUCCGAAUCGAUGAGCUACAGGUUGUUAAAACUGGUGGAACUCCUAAAGUUCCAGACUGUUUUCAGCGCACACCUAAAAAACUUUGUAUUCCAGAAAAGGCUGAAAUUUUAGCUGUGAAUGUUGACUCCAAAGGAGUCCAUGCUGUUCUCAAAACAGGAAGUUGGGUCCGGUACUGUAUUUUCGACUUGGCCACUGGUAAAGCCGAGCAAGAGAAUCAUUUCCCUACAAGUAACCUGGCCUUUCUGGGCCAAAGCGAGCGUAAUGUGGCCAUCUUCACUGCUGGCCAGGAGAGCCCCAUCAUCCUACGUGAUGGCAACGGCACCAUUUACCCCAUGGCCAAAGACUGCAUGGGUGGCAUCCGAGACCCUGAUUGGCUGGACCUUCCACCUAUUGCUAGUUUGGGAAUCGGAGUUCACUCACUCGCCAACCUGCCCAAUAACUCCACAAUCAAGAAGAAAGCUGCCGUCAUCAUCAUGGCAGUAGAGAAGCAGACAUUGAUGCAGCACGUGUUGCGCUGCGAUUACGAAGCGUGUCGGCAGUACCUGGUGGGUUUAGAGCAGGCCGUGCUCUUGGAACAGAACCCUCAUGCACUUGGCGCUCUGCUCGGCCAUCGGUGCGACGGAAACAGGAACCUCCUGCACGCCUGCGUCUCCGUCUGCUUUCCCAUCAGCAACAAAGAGACCAAGGAGGAAGAAGGUCAGAUUAAGAGAUUAAUGAUGAUGAUGAUAAAAGUGUAUGAAUUGGUUUUAUCUGUCGUAACUCUGUGCUGUGUUACAGAAGCCGAACGUUCGGAAAGAAACACCUUUGCCGAGCGGCUAUCUGCAGUCGAAGCCAUCGCCAAUGCCAUUUCAGUGGUAUCCAGCAAUAGCUCUGGAAACAGGACCGGAUCAUCCAGCAAUCGCGGACUGCGUCUCCGAGAGAUGAUGAGGCGCUCUCUCCGAGCAGCCUCGAUGGGCCGACACGAAUCAGGCCCCUCCUCUAGUGACCACCAGGACCCGGUGUCACCACCCAUCGCCCCGCCUAGCUGGGUGCCAGACCCUCCUCCCAUGGAUCCUGAGAGCGACAUUGAUUUCAUCCUGGCCCCUGCAGUCAGUUCGCUCACCACGGCGUCAUCCGGCCCCAGUCAGGGUCCGAGCACAUCCACCAUUCCGGGCCCGUCAUCCGAAGCGUCCGUAGUGGAGAGCAAAGACCGCAAGGCCAACGCUCACCUGAUCCUCAAGCUGAUGUGCGACAGCGUUGUCCUGAGACCUCAUCUACGGGACCUGCUCUCUGCAAAGGACGCUCGAGGCAUGACUCCGUUCAUGUUAGCCGUCAGUGGGAGGGCAUACCCAGCAGCCAUCACUGUCCUGGAGGCAGCCCAAAAAAUAGCCAAGGCAGAGUCCAGUAUCGGGGACAAGGACAUCGUGAACUCCGUGUUUAUGGAAAUGAUCUGUCCUGCCGGGACAAACCCUGACGACUCACCUCUCUACGUGCUUUGCUGUAACGACACUUGUAGCUUCACCUGGACCGGGGCUGAGCACAUCAACCAGGACAUCUUCGAGUGCAGGACAUGUGGUCUGCUGGAGUCUCUGUGUUGCUGUACCGAGUGUGCCAGAGUUUGCCACAAAGGCCAUGAUUGCAAGCUUAAGAGAACCUCUCCCACUGCGUACUGUGACUGCUGGGAGAAGUGCAAGUGUAAAACCCUGAUCGCUGGGCAGAAAGCAGCUCGUCUGGAUCUGCUCUAUAGGCUGCUGACCACCACCAACCUAGUGACCAGUCCCAACAGCAGGGGUGAGCACAUCUUGCUGUUCCUGGUACAGACAGUCGCAAGGCAGAGCGUCGAGCACUGUCAGUACCGGCCGCCCCGUAUCAGAGAGGACCGGAACCGCAAGGCUGUUAACGCAGAAGACUCUGACAUGCCGGAUCAUGACCUUGAGCCUCCACGCUUUGCCCAGCUGGCUCUGGAGCGUGUGCUGCAGGACUGGAACGCUCUUAAGUGCAUGAUAAUGUUUGGCUCGCAGGAGAACAAAGAUCCACUGAGUGCGAGCAGCCGAAUUGCUCAUCUCUUGCCUGAGGAGCAGAUGUACCUGAACCAGCAAAGUGGAACAAUCAGGCUGGACUGCUUCACUCACUGCCUCAUCGUCAAGUGUGCUCCAGACCUCACUUUUAUCGACACACUACUGGGAACACUGGUAAAAGAACUGCAGAACAAAUACACCCCGGGUCGCAGAGACGAGGCCAUCUGUGUCACACGUCGCUUCCUGCGCUCUGUCGCCAGGGUUUUCGUCAUCCUUAGCGUCGAGAUGGCUUCAUCCAAGAAGAAAAACAACUUCGUCCCGCAGCCCAUAGGGAAGUGCAGGCGUGUUUUCCAGGCCCUGCUGCCUUACGCCGUCGAGGAGUUGUGUAACGUCGCCGAGUCUCUGAUCGUGCCGGUGCGCAUGGGCAUCGCCAGGCCGACGGCUCCAUUUACGCUGGCCAGCACCAGCAUCGACGCUGUACAGGGCAGCGAGGAGCUUUUCUCUGUGGAGCCGCUUCCCCCACGGCCAUCACCGGAUCAGUCCAACAAUUCCAGCCAGUCAGCUUCCUCUUACAUCAUCAGGAACCCUCAACCUCGGCGCAGCAGCCAAUCACAGACUGCACGUGGACGAGACGAGGAGCAGGACGACAUUGUGUCUGCUGAUGUCGAGGAGGUGGAGGUAGUGGAGGGAGUCGCAGGGGAGGAAGAUCACCAUGACGACCAGGAGGAGCAGGGGGAGGAGCCUGCAGAAGCUGAGGGACAACAUGAUGAGCACGACGAGGACGGAAGCGACAUGGAGCUCGAUCUGCUGGCUGCCGCAGAGACGGAGAGCGACAGUGAAAGUAACCACAGCAACCAGGACAAUGCAAGCGGGCGCCGUAGUGUCGUCACGGCAGCGACGGCCGGUUCCGAAGCAGGUGCGAGCAGCGUGCCUGCCUUCUUCUCCGAGGACGACUCCCAGUCGAACGACUCGAGCGACUCAGACAGCAGCAGCAGCCAGAGUGAUGACGCAGAUCAGGAGACGUACCUCCUGGAUGAACCGCUCGAGAGGACCACGGGUUCCGCCCAUGCCAACAGCGCCGCUCAGGCCCCACGCUCCAUGCAGUGGGCGGUGCGCACCACUCCUAGCCAGCGCCCGGGCGGGGGCGCCCCCACCAGCUCCUCCACUCCUGCAGCGAGCUCCGCAGGCCUCAUCUACAUCGAUCCGUCUAACCUGCGCCGCAGCAGCGCCAUUAGCACCAGCGCAGCAGCCGCCGCCGCAGCCCUGGAGGCCAGCAACUCCAGCAGCUACCUGACGUCUGCCAGCAGCCUGGCACGAGCCUACAGUAUCGUCAUCCGCCAGAUUUCUGACCUCAUGAGCCUCAUCCCCAAAUACAACCACCUGGUUUACUCACAGUACCCCGCUGCCGUGAAACUCACCUAUCAGGAUGCAGUCAACCUACAGAACUAUGUGGAGGAGAAGUUGGUCCCGACAUGGAACUGGAUGGUGUCCAUCAUGGACUCAACGGAGGCUCAGCUGCGCUAUGGCUCGGCCCUGUCCUCUGCAGGAGACCCCGGACACCCGAGCCACCCGCUGCAUGCCUCACAGCACUCCGGCCGCAGGGAGCGCAUGACCGCACGUGAAGAGGCCAGCCUGCGAACGCUGGAGGGACGCAGGCGCGCAGCUACUUUGUUGACUGCUCGUCAAGGCAUGAUGUCAGCGCGCGGAGACUUUCUGAACUACGCGCUCUCCCUGAUGCGCUCCCAUAACGACGAGCACUCUGACGUCCUGCCCGUUUUGGAUGUGUGCUCGCUGAAACACGUGGCCUACGUCUUCCAGGCUCUUAUUUACUGGAUUAAAGCCAUGAACCUACAGACCACGCUGGACACUUCACAGAUGGACAGGAAAAGGAACCGUGACCCAUUGGAACUUGCGUUGGACAAUGAGGACUCUGAGCAUGAGAAUGAUGACGACACCAAUCAGAGCUCCACCCUUCAAGAUAAGGAGGAGGAUCCUGUCCCUUCAGAAACCGGUCAGCACCACCCAUUCUUCCGUCGCUCCGACUCCAUGACCUUCCUCGGCUGCAUUCCGCCAAAUCCCUUCGAAGUCCCCGUGGCCGAGGCCAUCCCUCUGGCUGACCAGCCUCACUUGCUACAGCCGAAUGCUAGAAAGGAGGACCUGUUCGGGCGUCCGAGUCAGGGUCUUUACUCAUCCUCCUACAUGGCAAGCAAAGGUCUCUCAGAGCUCACUGUGGAUAUGAACUGCUUACAGAUUCUGCCCACCAAAAUGUCCUAUUCAGCCAAUAUGAAAAAUGUCAUGAGUAUGGAGUCUCGGCAGAGGGGCGGAGACGAGCAGCAGACGAUAACGCAGGACAUAGACGUCUCGAAGCCCGGCCCCUCCCCCCAUGACCUUGCCGCCCAGUUAAAGAGCAGCCUCCUCGCAGAGAUCGGACUGACCGAGAGCGAAGGCCCACCCCUUCCUACUUUCAUUCCUCACUGUAGCUUCAUGGGGAUGGUGAUCUCUCACGACAUGCUGCUGGGCCGGUGGCGUCUCUCCCUCGAGCUCUUCGGCCGUGUCUUUAUGGAGGAUGUUGGGGCUGAACCUGGAUCUAUCCUGACGGAGCUGGGUGGUUUCGAGGUGAAGGAGUCGAAGUUCCGACGGGAGAUGGAGAAGCUGCGGAACCUGCAGUCUCGCGACCUGGCUCUGGAGGUCGACCGCGAUCGCGACCAGCUUAUCCAGCAGACCAUGCGACAGCUCAACACGCACUUCGGGCGCCGUUGCACCAGCACGCCCAUGGCUGUGCACCGCGUCAAGGUCACGUUCAAGGACGAGCCUGGCGAGGGCAGCGGCGUGGCACGCAGCUUCUACACAGCCAUCGCGCAGGCGUUCCUGUCCAACGACAAACUGCCCAACCUCGACUGCGUACAGAGCGUCAGCAAGGGCAUGCAGGCUAGCAAUUUGAUGCAGCGCUUGAGAAACCGAGACCGGGAGAGGGAGAGGAGGAGUGGUGGCCUGAGGGCAGGAUCCAGAAGAGACCGUGACAGGGACUCUCGCAGGCAGCUGUCCAUUGACACCAGGCCGUUCCGUCCUGCCUCGGAGGGGAACCCGAGUGACGAGCCGGACCCGCUGCCUGCUCACAGGCAGGCUUUAGGGGAGCGUCUCUACCCUCGGGUCCAUGCCAUGCAGCCAGCGUUUGCCAGUAAAAUCACAGGCAUGUUGCUGGAGCUUUCACCUGCUCAGCUGCUGCUGCUCCUGGCCAGUGAGGAUUCCCUCCGAGCUCGUGUAGAGGAGGCCAUGGAGCUUCUCAUCACACACGGGAGGGAAAACGGUGCCGACAGCAUACUGGAUCUCGGUCUUCUCGACGCUCCAGAGAAAGCACAGCAGGAGAACAGGAAGAGACAUGCUUCCACCCGCAGUGUGGUGGACAUGGAGCUGGACGAUACGGAUGACGGCGACGAUAACGCGCCCCUGUUUUACCAGCCUGGAAAGAGGGGCUUCUACUCCCCCCGGCCUGGGAAAAACUCUGAGGCCAGACUUAACUGCUUCCGCAACAUCGGCAGAAUACUCGGCUUGUGUCUGUUGCAGAAUGAACUUUGCCCCAUCACCCUGAACAGGCACGUCAUCAAAGUGCUGCUGGGUAGAAAGGUGAACUGGCAUGACUUUGCGUUUUUUGACCCGGUGAUGUACGAGAGUUUGCGACAGCUCAUCCGCCACUCGCAGUCGAGCGAGGCCGAGGCGGUGUUCGCUGCCAUGGACCUCGCCUUCGCCAUCGACUUGUGCAAGGAGGAAGGAUCCGGACAGGUGGAGCUGUUGGCUGGCGGCGGCAGCAUGCCCGUGACUCCUCAGAACGUGUACGAGUAUGUGAGGAAGUACGCUGAACACAGGAUGCUGGUUGUAGCAGAGCAGCCUCUGCAUGCCAUGAGGAAGGGCCUCCUGGACGUGCUUCCUAAGAAUGCUCUGGAGGACCUCACAGCCGAAGACUUCAGGCUACUCGUCAACGGCUGCGGCGAGGUCAACGUGCAGAUGCUCAUCAGCUUCACCUCCUUCAACGAUGAAUCUGGUGAAAACGCAGAGAAGUUGCUGCAGUUUAAACGCUGGUUUUGGUCCAUUGUGGAGAAAAUGAGCAUGACUGAGAGGCAGGAUCUGGUAUAUUUCUGGACGUCCAGCCCGUCCCUACCAGCCAGCGAAGAAGGUUUUCAGCCGAUGCCGUCCAUCACUAUCAGGCCCCCGGACGACCAGCACCUCCCCACGGCCAACACGUGCAUCUCGCGCCUCUACGUUCCGCUUUACUCCUCGAAACAGAUCCUGAAACAGAAGCUUCUCCUCGCCAUCAAGACCAAGAACUUCGGCUUUGUGUAGAGGGUGACGACGAGUGUUUACUUACAUGUUGUGUAAUAUUAUUAUUACUAGUUCCAUUUUUGUAGAUUUUUUUGUCUAUACAGUUUUAUGAAAUUUAAAAGAAAGUGCUGUCCCAUCCUUGGCGGUAUUAGAAUUCACCCCUCAUCCAAUCUCCUUCCCCUCCCUUUUUGUUUUCUUUUUUUUUUUUUGUAAUUUUUUUGCAGUCUGGGUUGUGAAGGAGGACGCCAUAUUGUUCUCAUUUCGUUUUUUAUUUCCGUUAUUUCUGUUUUUCUUCCCCCCCCUUCACAAGUAUAUAAUGUACAUUCCUGCAUUGGCUCCAUUGGCUCGAACUGUAACUCCCGAGGAAAAACCCGGCCCGACAGCAAACUGUCGGCCCCCGCAGCCAAAGAUGACAGCAGAUGUAUUUAAGAAAAAAAAAAAAGGAAGAUUUCACUGUGAUUAUGCAUUUGUUUUUCCCCUUCAUUGCCCUGAACAUAAACAUUAUGACUGAGAGUUCACUGCUGCCUUUGUGGAAAAAGUCAGUUUUUCUUGUAUAGGGGGCGUAGGGAAUUUCAAAAUAAACUUGGAUGCAAACCAUUAA